AUGAUCUUGGCUUUUAAAUCGCUGACCAUCAGAAAAACUCCCCGCUUCAUCGGCCAACACCAACGAGUCAUCUUCAACACUGCUUUUACUGCAAGCAGUCUUUCUCCUUCCACAGCAACAACAACAACAGAUUUGCUAACAAAUACAACUACAGCCACAACUACAAUACCUGAAACUACAAUACCUGCAUCAACUGCAACAACACUUGAACCAACUACAUCAACACCUGAAACAACUACAAUACCUGCAUCAACUACAACAACACCUGAGCUAACUACAUCAACACCUGCACCAACUACAUCAACACCUGCACCAACUACAACACCUGAAACAACUACAAUACCUGCAUCAACUUCAACAACACCUGAACCAACUACAUCAACACCUGCACCAACUACAACACCUGAAACAACUACAAUACCUGCAUCAACUGCAACACCAGAACCAACUACAUCAACACCUGAAACAACUAUAAUACCUGAACCAACUACAAUACCUGCAUCAACUACUACAACACCUGAAACAACUACAUCAACACCUGCACCAACUACAACACCGGAAACAACUACAAUACCUGCAUCAACUUCAACAACACCUGAACCAACUACAUCAACACCUGCACCAACUACAACACCUGAAACAACUACAAUACCUGCAUCAACUGCAACAACACCUGAACCAACUACAUCAACACCUGAAACAACUACAAUACCUGAAACAACUACAAUACCUGCAUCAACUACUACAACACCUGAAACAACUACAUCAACACCUGCACCAACUACAACACCUGAAACAACUACAAUACCUGCAUCAACUUCAACAACACCUGAACCAGCUACAUCAACACCUGCACCAACUACAACACCGGAAACAACUACAAUACCUGCAUCAAUUACAACAACACCUGAACCAACUACAUCAACACCUGCACCAACUACAACACCUGAAACAACUACAAUACCUGCACCAACUACAACACCUGAAACAACUACAUCAACACCUGCACCAACUACAACACCUGGAACAACUAAACCAACUACAUCAACACCUGAAACAACUAUAAUACCUGAACCAACUACAAUACCUGCAUCAACUACUACAACACCUGAAACAACUACAUCAACACCUGCACCAACUACAACACCGGAAACAACUACAAUACCUGCAUCAACUUCAACAACACCUGAACCAACUACAUCAACACCUGCACCAACAACAACACCUGAAACAACUACAAUACCUGCAUCAACUGCAACAACACCUGAACCAACUACAUCAACACCUGAAACAACUACAAUACCUGAAACAACUACAAUACCUGCAUCAACUACUACAACACCUGAACCAACUACAAUACCUGCAUCAACUACUACAACACCUGAAACAACUACAUCAACACCUGCACCAACUACAACACCUGAAACAACUACAAUACCUGCAUCAACUUCAACAACACCUGAACCAGCUACAUCAACACCUGCACCAACUACAACACCGGAAACAACUACAAUACCUGCAUCAAUUACAACAACACCUGAACCAACUACAUCAACACCUGCACCAACUACAACACCUGAAACAACUACAAUACCUGCAUCAACUGCAACAACACCUGAACCAACUACAUCAACACCUGAAACAACUACAAUACCUGAAACAACUACAAUACCUGCAUCAACUACUACAACACCUGAAACAACUACAAUACCUGCAUCAACUACUACAACACCUGAAACAACUACAUCAACACCUGCACCAACUACAACACCGGAAACAACUACAAUACCUGCAUCAAUUACAACAACACCUGAACCAACUACAUCAACACCUGACCCAACUACAACACCUGAAACAACUACAAUACCUGCAUCAACUACAACACCUGAAACAACUACAUCAACACCUGCACCAACUACAACACCUGGAACAACUAUAAUACCUGCAUCAACUACAACACCUGAACCAACUACAUCAACACCUGCACCAACUACAACACCUGAAACAACUACAAUACCUGCACCAACUACAACACCUGAAACAACUACAUCAACACCUGUACCAACUACAACACCUGAAACAACUAUAAUACCUGCAUCAACUACAACACCUGAACCAACUACAUCAACACCUGUACCAACUACAACACCUGAAACAACUAUAAUACCUGCAUCAACUACAACACCUGAACCAACUACAUCAACACCUGAACCAACUACAUCAACACCUGCACCAACUACAACACCUGAAACAACUACAAUACCUGCACCAACUACAACACCUGAAACAACUACAUCAACACCUGUACCAACUACAACACCUGAAACAACUAUAAUACCUGCAUCAACUACAACACCUGAACCAACUACAUCAACACCUGCACCAACUACAACACCUGAAACAACUACAAUACCUGCAUCAACUACAACACCUGAACCAACUACAUCAACACCUGUACCAACUACAACACCUGAAACAACUAUAAUACCUGCAUCAACUACAACACCUGAACCAACUACAUCAACACCUGCACCAACUACAACACCUGAAACAACUACAAUACCUGCAUCAACUACAACAACACCUGAAACAACUACAUCAACACCUGCACCAACUACAACAUCAACACCUGCACCAACUACAACACCUGAAACAACUACAAUACCUGCAUCAACUUCAACAACACCUGAACCAACUACAUCAACACCUGAAACAACUACAAUACCUGAAACAACUACAAUACCUGCAUCAACUACUACAACACCUGAAACAACUACAAUACCUGCAUCAACUACUACAACACCUGAAACAACUACAUCAACACCUGCACCAACUACAACAUCAACACCUGCACCAACUACAACACCUGAAACAACUACAAUACCUGCAUCAACUACAACAGCACCUGAAACAACUACAACAACACCUGAACCAACUACAACAGCAACAGCAACAACAGGUAACAGAUGUAUGUUAAUACAAUAAAAUGGCACGUCAGUUACCAACGUGGAGGUAAUUUACUGGCAGUCAAUUACCUGCCAUGGUUUCCACUGUUCAUUAACUUCCCAUCAAGUACCAGAACAAAGAGUUACUGACCUGAAUAAAGUGCAUAAUCACUCUCUCAGCAGCAACUUAAGUUACUUAAAAAAAUUUAAGAAAAAAACUUGCUGGAUGCCUGAUACAGUAAUCCAUCACAUAUCUGCCCGAACCGUUUAUCUGCCAUGAUCAAGCUCUUCAGCAACGUUAGUUUAUUAUUGGACAGAGACGAUUAGUUCAGAGAUUAUAGAUCCUACCAAAGUUUCUGUACACUGUGUUGUAUGUGCUCCGUGCGCUGCCAUUGCUGGUAGUGUCAGAUGAGCUGUUCAGUGUGUUGAUAUGUAAAUAAAUCCUGUUCACCUGCGGAGGGCGUAUCAACUUCAACCUCCGCCUCGAUCUCCUGCCUGUCACUCAGCAGCAAAUGUACGAACCCACACGGCAGACAGCUACUCUGUCACAAGCAUUAAUACCCUGUAUCUUUCUAAACAAGGGAUUUAGAGGAGCUCUCUAAUAAAAGCUGAAUCUCAAAACAAUAAUUGUAUGAAUAUAGUAAUUGUUACAGCUGUGUAUAAUGAUAUUUAAAACAGGAUUAAUUUAUUCGACUUUUUACAUAUCUGCCCUUACUCUGGUCCCACCGCAGUCGGAUAUGCAACGGAUUACUGUAUCUUUAUAAAAAUAGUUGCAAUAUAGUCCAGCUAUAAGGGUUAUGAAUUCAGGAAAACAUGGAAUUAACUACUUUGUUACAGUAUAAGGAUGAGACAGACCACGUUUCAUGUGUACCAUUUAUUAGUUCCAAAUACCCACAAUGCAUUAUAUGUUGAAUGUUAUUGUUUAGCUACACUAUAUGUGCCACUAGUAUUAACAGAGACAGACAAUUGAUCGGAUUCCCUCCAUCCCAGGAGUGAGCCCUCAGAAUGAUUCUCUGAUGGUCCACCAUGAUCCUGGAGGUAUUAGAGACAUUUUCAUCCUACCCAGCAGUAAAUAGAAAUACUUGAAGAAAGGGUCCAGAAGGCCACUCUGACUCCAUUCAAAUUGUAUUAUUGGUCUAAAUGUGUCAGAUCCCAGAGACAAGUUGGAGACAAUCAGUGAUUUACUAACUGCCGUUGUUUCCUUAUAGAGUAUGUCGCUUCCAGUACCAGCGGGAAAAGAUUCUUAACAGUAUUUCUAGAAAAUUUGGAUACUCCUUCACUUCUGAUUCACAUUGUCUCACAGGACAGGUCAGCCUCAGUACAUGUCUCAGUUGAAAGUCCUUAUUUCCAUCAGUUUGUAUCUCUACAAGUGAACAGCAGCACAUCUGUUUCUUUAAACAAUUUGUACAUGCUCAAAGGGCAAGAACUGUCUAAGAAGAUGGUGACAGUCGGCUCUGAUGAAAGUAUUUCAGUCUUUGCUCUCAAUCAAGAUAGGUAUACAGCAGAUAUGACUGUUGUUUUGCCAGCAUCUGCUUUGGGAACAGAAUAUUAUAUUGUUGCACCACAGGGGAUUUUUUUUUUGUCUCAGUUUGCUGUAAUUAACGAGUUUGACACGAAUGAGGUGACAGUGACAGUGUCAGGAAUGCUGGACUUCAAUGGCACCACAUACUCAGACAAACAGAAUUUCUCUUUCACGCUGACGUCAAACCAGGUCAUCCAGUUUCAGAGUACAACAGAAUUAACUGGGACUCGGAUUGUAUCCUCAAAACCUGUGGCUGUGAUCAGUGGAAAUGUAUGUUUAAAUUACCAGGGUUAUACAGCCUGUGAUGUAGUGUUGACAGAGCUCUAUCCUGUGAAUAGCUGGGGAACUGCAUUUGUUGUUUUCCCCCUGCUGCUAAACAAAGAUCUCAAAGAUAGAAUCACCAUCCUCUCUGCUGAACCGAACAACACAGUGUACAUCACAACAGAAAAUACAACAACACAGAAUCUAGUCCUGCAAGAAGGAUCCUUCACUGUGCUGGAACUGACUGGACCCAUGAGCAUCAACUCCACUAAACCAGUGAUGCUGACAUACCUCUUCACAGGGGGAAGGAACUUCAACUUUUCAAGCUUCAAUAUAGCUGAUCCAUUCCUAUCAAACAUUGUCCCCAGUUCAUCUUACAGUGAUACAUAUACCUUUAUAACAAUAGCAAAUUAUGAGAAUUAUAUUAUGGUGGUUGCACACCAGUCAGAUCUCACUGGGUUCAGUUUAGAUGGCCAGCCACUGGAGACCUUUUCACCCGAAGAGACACAAGCUUUUGGAUUUUCUGCCAAACUAGUUUAUCUAGGAAUAGCUGGUGGUCACCAUGUUAUUACCCACGAAUCAGCAACGUUUGGUAUUUAUGUAUUUGGAUUAGGGUACUGUGUUGCUUUUGGGUAUACAAUUCGAAAUGACCUGCUACUUUCAGGAAAAAACAUAAUUGGCAAUCUGAAGUCUACUGGCAUAACAACCUCAUCCAUAUCAAUCAGUUGGAGUGCACCAAAUGGCAGUGCCAUUGGCUACAGAGUUGAAG